AAGAUGCAGUGGACCCCCGAGCACAGCCAGUGGGCCGAACAACAUUUCGACAUUUCCUCCACCACACGCUCACCAGCACACAAGGCUGAGGCCUACAGGGCGGUACCUGGCCACCUGCAGCGCUCCACCACCUACCAGUAUGCCUGGGCAAACGAUGACAUUUCAGCCCUCACCGCCUCCAACCUGCUCAAGAAGUAUGCGGAGAAGUAUUCUGGUAUUCUCGAGAUGCCUGGCUCUUAUGCCGAGGCCCCCGGAGUGAUGAACGGGCGUAAAGGUGAAUCAGAGCCAUGGCAGGAUGGUGUUUACCCAAUGAGCUGCAUCCCAGAGGGGGUUUCAGUCAGAAAAGGAGGGGUAGCAGCAGCUUCAGAGGUGGUGUCUGGCAUGUGCAGCUCCCCUGGCCUCGCCUCCAGCACCCUGAGUGAGCCCAGCUACUCCAGCAGCUGUGGGAGCCACACUGCCACUGCCCUGCAUUCCUCGUCCAUGCCUCCCUCUCAGGAAUAUGGCCCGCCGUACAGUGGCUCCUACUUACACAGUAGUUACAGCUCCCAGUCUGCCCCUACCCCUGCUCUUCCCUCUCCACUACACAGUUCUGGACUCCUACAGCCACCUCCUCCACCACCUUCCCACCCCACAUUAGUCCCAGCUUACAAUGGAGGCUCACCUAACUUGUCUAGUUAUAAUUACCCCCCAGCAGGCUACCCAGCUCAGAGCUCAGUCGGGCCUGGAUACAGCCCUGGGGGAGCACCCCCUCCGUCCUCAUACCUGCCCUCAGGCAUUGCUGCACCUACACCACUUCCUCCCUCCUCUGCUUUACCUGGAUACCCAUACCAGAGCCACAAUCUAACCCCAAUUGCCCCAACCCCUCUCAAUGGUAGCUCCUCCAACUCACUGAAGAGGAAAGCCUUCUACAUGACAGGCCAAGGAGAGAUAGACUCCUCUUAUGGUAACUUUGCCUAUGGUCAGGCUCGAAGCUCAGCUGAGAGCCCCAUGUACAGGAUAGCAGACAGCACCAGUGCAAACGGGGGUUCUAACAGCGCCGGUGGUGUUGGCUUUGAUAGAAGUGCUGAAAAGUCAUCUUUACCCUUUAAUCCUCAAAAACAGACCACAAUGGCUUCAGAGCAGCAACAGAGGAAGUACAGCAGCCAGACAACAGGUGGACCACUCACUCCACCAGCCUUUGUCACCUCCACCUUAGGGGGUUCCCGCUCAGCAGACUCCCUUGCCAACUUUACUUCUCCCUCCCUUAGUGAGCAAAAUGCUGAUGAUCACCGUCUCCACCUCUCCCACUCCGCACCUGGAACCAACUCAUCCACGUCCUCCCGACCUGCAGAAGAGCAGCUAAAAACAAGCGACCCUCACCUUCUGGACAUGGUUACCUCUGAAAUUGUUCAACAGGGCCCCCCAGUGGAUUGGAGUGAUAUUGCAGGUCUUGAAAUGGCCAAGGCAACCCUGAAGGAGGAGAUUCUGUGGCCCAUCCUUCGCCCGGACAUGUUCAGCAGUUUAGGACCAACCCCACGUUGCGUGUUGCUGUUUGGCCCUCGGGGCAGUGGCAGGACGUUGCUGGGUCGCUGCCUGGCCAGCCAGCUGGGGGCACCAUUUCUGCAGCUCAGUGGUUCCACAUUGGCCACCAAGUGGCUGGCCGAGGGUGAGAAAAUUAUCAGAGCAUCCUUCCUGGUGGCCCGCUGCCGGCAGCCCUCAGUACUGUUCAUUAGUGAGGUUGACAUGCUGUUGUCUGCUCACCUCAGUGAAGAAAGUCCUAUCAAUCGACUGAAAGGAGAGCUACUCGCCCAGUUGGACUCCCUUCUCAUGGGCUCUGGCGAAGAUGGAGGCAACCAAGUGUUGGUGGUUUGCUCAACAAGCAGACCGCAGGACAUGGAUGAAGGCCUGCGCAGGUAUUUUGCUCGGAGGGUCCUUGUGCCCCUGCCAGAUAGUGCAGCCAGACACUUCAUCGUGAACCAGCUCUUGGCCCAAUCUCAACACAAAUACUGCUUGAGCGAAGAGGAGCUGGCACUGCUGGUCCAGCGUACAGAGGGUUUCUCUGGACUGGAUCUGACCAGACUCUGCCAGGAGGCCCUCGUGGGUCUGUUACACAUCUCUGCACAGGGCAUGGACAUGACAGGUAUGAUGCCCAGGGGACAGAUCAGACCUCUCACUUACCAGGACUUUGAGAGUGUCUUUUGUAAAUUCCAGCCCAGUAUAUCGCAGAAAGAGAUUGACACAUACACUGAGUGGAACAAAAUGUUUGGCUGCAGCCAGUGAAGACAGAAUCCGCCCUUGAGAAAACUAGACAUCCACAAUUCCUUCCUCAGGGCAGAAGCAUUGUGCUGGAGGGAAAGGCAUGCAAGAAGGCCAACACAAGUCCACCGAGUUCUCACAAGCAGUGCCGAGAUGCUCCAAGAGACUUGGUUUGAUGAGACAACUGGCAGUUUUGGGAUUAAUGAGCAAGAGGUUUAAUUUGAAUGCUUGACACACCAGAAAGGGAGGCAUUGUUUACACAUUGCCAGCAAGUUGGCUCCAUACAAAAGAUGCCCCAGUGUCUGUGUAUAUAUCGUUAUUUUCUUGUUCAUUGGGAUUUUGUUUGUUUGGCUAUCCAAGUGCCUGAAGCGGUGCUUUCCUUUUCCUUUUUUUUUUUUUGUUAUUUGCCUCACAAUCUACAUUCAUAGCAUGAGCUGUUGAUAAUUAAGAGCUUUAAAACUUCAGCAACGAGUCUGAACAACAGAGAUUGACGGUCGCCAUUCCGGGUGGUCAAUCGUCAUCAUUAAUUGUCUUGCUAAAAAAAAAGCAGUAAUGCAUCAGAGCGACAGUAGCCUGGGCUCGUACUUACGCUCAUCUCUCCUGAUCCUUUGUCUGCAAAACAAACAAACGUAACAAACAAAACUCAGGAAAGCGUUUGUGAAUUGUACAGUACCUGAAGAUAUCUUGACGAAAAGCACUAAGAUCUGAGAGAGGAAUCCGAGGUGGUUUGGCAGUUUAUGUCUAGCAAAGCAGCGUUAGGUGUACCUCAGCUGGCUAGGAUGAAUAGCAAAGAGAUGACAAUGAAUGUACUAGACAUGUUCUGGAUUGAUGCGAUAUCAUCCAUAGUGAGAAUACAAAACCUUAUUUCUUUACUUUUUUCCUCCCAGCAGGUGUUUUUGUCACCUGGUUUUGUUUUGUUUUUUUGUCGACCCGUGCUGAACCUUGUUUUGUUUGCUCUUAAAACGUUUAAACAGUGUUGACCAGCUUUGUUGGGGGUUUUGUGAGAAGGGCAGGUUUUGGGGGUGUUGGGAGUUGUAUAUUUAUUCAAACAAAUAUAAUCAACAAUGUUUAUAUUAUGGAAUCUAGGUUAUAUGGUUAUGCUUCCUGGCGGUUCCAUUAGUUGGCUAACUUCUGCGCAAAAGACCUCAAAUUGUUUUGCUAAAGUCAUGUUGGUAAACUUGAUGCUCAAAACAGAUUAAAACCCAGAUUAAUUAAAGGAAUAGUUUUAGAAAAAUGUUUGCUCUCUUAUCUAGUGUUACAUGAGAGACAACCUUUGUGUCUGCACACUAAAUACGCAGUUAGCGCUAGCAGCCAGUUAGCUCAUCUUAAUGGUGCUUUCAAAUGGGAUAGGGUUUACAAUGUUUACAAGAAGAGCAUCCCCUCAGUUGCAUGUUUUCUGAAUUGUUCAUUUCAGUCAUUUAAUGUUUGGCAUUGUCGAAUUUGUUUUCCCCAUUGACCAAUCUUUCUUCCGUCUUCAUUACUUACAUGACUUGUUUUUUUUACUAUGUCUAUGUUGCUGUUGCUUAGCAACAGUCUUCUCAUAACCCUAACUAUUUGAACAUCAAACAUGUCUUGGUCUUAAAUUCCGAUGUCGUGAACAUGAUUUCACAAGUCCCAUUUGAAAACACCAUGAAAAAAAGAAAACUGGCUUUACAAAUUCUACUUACUGGCAUCUCUGACAGUCAUGUUUUAUGGUUUUUUUUUUAUAUCUUAACCAAAACUGAAGA